AUGGUAGAGAAUUAUUUAAUAAUUGGAGGAGAUGGAUUUGUUGGUAGAUGGGUAGUGGAAAUGUUAAUUAAAAGGGGAGAAACAUCAAUAACAGUAUUUGAUAUUGUUCAAAGGUAUUUUGAUAAAGAAAUAAAACAUUAUCAAGGAGACUUAUCAAACUAUGAUGAUAUUAGUGAUUGUAUAGAAAAAGAAAAUAUUACAGCCAUAAUUCAUACAGCUUCACCACCUCAUGAUGGUAAAUCUGAAGGAUUAUUUUGGGAAGUUAAUGUCGAAGGGACUAAAAAUGUUAUUGAGGCUUGCGUUAAAUUUGGUGUUAAGAAGUUAGUUUAUACAAGUAGUUCUAGCGUUGUUUAUGAUGGUUACUCUGAAUUAAUUAAUACUGACGAAACUGCUCCUUAUCCUGAAAAACAUAUGAACGUUUAUAAUGAAACUAAGGCAGCAGGAGAGAAACUUGUAUUAGAAGCGAACGGAAGGAAUGGUUUAUUAACUUGUGCACUUCGACCUUGUGGUAUUUUUGGACCAAAUGACAGGCAAGCAAUUCCAGGUUUUAUUAAAGUAAUGGAACAAGGACAAACGAAAUUUCAAAUAGGAAAUAAUGAGAAUUUCGUAGAUUGGACGUACGUGGAAAAUUGUGCUUACGCACAUAUUUUAGCUGUCGAUAAAUUAUCCGUAGAAAAUCAAACAGCAGGCGAAGCAUACUUUAUAACGAAUGGUACACCAGUUCCAUUUUGGGACUUAUGUAGGCUUAUAUGGGCACAGUUCAAUCAUUAUCCACCAUAUAUUUUAAAAUUUCCUAGUUCAUUUGGGUUCGUUAUCGCUUCACUUGCUGAAUUGGCAAGUUAUAUUACCGGUAAAGAACCCGGAUUUACUAGAUUUCGUGUUAGAUUUGCUACUACCAAUAGAUAUUUUAAUAUUAAUAAAGCUAGAAAUAGAUUAGGAUAUGAACCUUUGGUAGAUUUAGAAGAAGGAGUUAAAAGAGCUUGUCAACCCGUUCUUAAUUCACUUAAUAAUAACUAA